AAAGAAAAAACCUACGCAUUUGAUUUUUCAAAUGAAAUUUUAAAACAAUUGCAACAAACAAUAUAAAGAAACGAGAAUAAAAAAAAUAAAACAAAAAGAUCACAUAAUGGCCAACAUAUUGGAAAAUCAAUUAGUUCAAGUUCUUGAAAAACAAUUAGACGAGCAAUUGGACCGCUUGGACAAUUUGGAUACGGACGAUCUGAAAGCGAUACGAGAGCAACGUAUCAAAGAAAUGAAAGAAAUGAACCAAAAGAAACAGGAAUGGUUGAAAAAUGGACAUGGUACUUAUAGUGAACUUGCCGAUGAGAAGGAAUUCUUUGAAAUCUCGAAAAAGUCGCCAAAUAUUGUAUGUCAUUUUUAUCGGGACACAACAGAGCGGUGCCGCAUCGUUGAUAUGCAUUUGAAAAUUUUGGCUGGCAAGCAUAUCGAAGCGAAAUUUUGCAAAGUGAAUGCGGAGAAAUCACCUUUUUUAACACAACGCCUGCGCAUUAAAAUCAUACCAACAAUCGUUUUAAUUAAGGAUAGUAAAACUAAAGAUUUCGUUGUCGGUUUUACCGAUCUGGGUAAUUGCGAUGAUUUCUCAACAGAUAUGCUUGAAUGGAGAAUCGCUCAGUCGGGUGCUAUCGAUUAUAAAGGCGAUUUGAUGAUACCGCCCGACAUGAAAAAGAAAUCAUUUAUAAAUCGUGUUCAUAAAACGAUACGUGGCGGUUACGAUUCCGAUGAUUCCGAUAUUGAUUUUGAUGAUUAACAGAAGAAUUAAAACGGACUGAUGUAUACGCUGACUCUCUCUUUCCCUCUCUCUCUCACUCUCUCACCCUGAACUAAUGUUUUCAUUGUAGUUAAUACCAUCCUUUGCCUUUCAGUUGCAAGCUUGAAGUGUCUUUUAUUUAAGAGCUUUUGAGUUGGAUUUUUUACAAAUUCUUGCUCAUCUUUUUUUUUUUCCUUUUUUUUUUUCUCUCUGUAUCGU